GCCCUUUGGGAGACAUCUGCAUCAUGAUGAUCUGCCGUUCAACAACCAAGCUAACCACAUCCUCCUGUUGGCAAAGGCCUGUUGAUUUAUAAUCCCGUCGAGAUUUGACACAUUGUCUCGGCCUGAACCAGAGCAUUCCUGAAACUAGGACAGCUUGAACGAUUCAGCGGAAUCAUCUCCUGAACACACAACCUGUGCACUCACGAUCAAGUGUACAUCAUGGCUGACAUCAGCAAAUACACCAUCAACGUACCCGCAGAAAAGCUCAAGCUGCUCAGCGACAGACUAGCCUUAGCAACGUUCCCGACUACCGUCGAUUUCAGCGACGACUGGAACUACGGCGUUCCUCUGAAGGAUAUCAAGCGACUGGCUCAUCAUUGGGCCAAUGGCUUUGACUGGAGAGCUCAGGAGGCCAAACUGAACAAGCUGCCGCAAUUCUCAACCAAGGUCGAUGUUGAUGGAUUUGGCACGCUGAACAUACACUUUGUUCACCAACGCAGCCACAGAGAGAACAGUAUCCCUUUGCUGUUUUGCCAUGGUUGGCCUGGGAGCUUUCUAGAAGUGAUCAAGAUACUGCCAUUGCUCACGCAGAAUAACGAUGGGCAGUCGUUUCAUGUCGUUGCACCCUCGCUACCGAAUUAUGGCUUUUCGGACGGCGUCAGCAAGCCAGGUUUCGGAAUGCCUCAAUACGCUGAGGCCAUGCAUAAGGUCAUGCUCAAUCUCGGCUACACCCAGUACGUGACUCAGGGAGGUGAUUGGGGCUUUGCCGUCACCCGUAUGAUGGGCAUAUUGUAUCCCCAGAAUGUGCUGGCAUCACACUUGAACAUGAUUCGCAUCAAGGCGCCGAGACUGACUUCGGCGCCUGCUGGGGUCGCGAACGACGAACAAUCUUAUACCGAAGAAGAAAAAGCUGGCCUGGAGCGAUCGAAAUGGUUCGAAAAAGAAGGGUUCGGAUAUAAUCUUUUGCAGUCAACGAAGCCAUCUACGAUUGGCAUGGCUUUGACCGACUCACCCAUUGCGCUUCUGAGCUGGAUAUAUGAGAAGCUGCACGACUGGACUGACGACUAUCCGUGGACCGAUGAUGAGAUCCUCACUUGGGUCUCUAUCUACCAAUUUUCCGUUGCUGGCCCUGCUGCCAGUGCUCGAAUCUACUACGAGAACACUCACGCCAGCCGAGGCCUCACUACGAAAAUCCUCGAGUACAACGGAGCGACAAAGCUAGGCCUCUCGUAUUUUCCCCGUGAUAUUAUUGUGCUGCCAUCGGCCUGGGGGCGUACGCUCGGGCCUGUUGUAUUCGAAGUGAGACACGACAGGGGAGGACAUUUCGCAGCUCACGAAACACCGGAACUUUUGGUGAAGGAUUUGAGGCAGAUGUUUGGGGAACGCGGGGGCGCUCACGAUGUCAUAAAGACCAUCUUGGCGAAGGGUGACAGCCGACUUUGAUCGAAUGUGUUGUGAGUCGCGACGAGGUUUGUGUGGGAGCUGGUUGUAGUCGGAUGUACCGUUGAGUCUCCUUCCAGGGUUUCCCUGUCGCGAGGGAAGUUAUUUUAGGAAUACACGAAAUAUUGUUAUGCCUAGACUAUCGGGAAGAUAUCAUUGCGCACUAAUUACUUCU